UUUGAGAGAGAUUAAAAAAAAAAAAAUUUGAAAGUUCUUUGCUUUCUUUCUUGGUCUCUGUAGUUUUGAAGUUGAAAUUCCUUAUUCUUCUGAUCCUACCAAAGAAGGACAAAUCAAUGGCGACAAAAACAUACCCUUGUAUUGUCUGUCUCUAACGCAGCCAUGGAAAAGUCGUUCCAGACAAACCCUUUGAUUCCAGGGUGCUCUGUUUCUUCAUCAAAACCACCCCUCUACUCUUUUCUUUCAACCUUACUACACUCUCCCUUCUUCCAUCAAAUUCAUUUUCUCUUUCGUUUUUUCUUCUUUUUUUCUUUCUGGGUUUGACGUAAAUUCGGCUUUUCUCUACCAUCUACCCCCACCACUUCCUUUUCUUCAUCUUCUGGUACUUCAAUGGCAGGAAUGUUUAAUGGGGAGGGUUCAUCGUCGGUAACUUCGUCGCCUUUGCAGUUUUUUCCGUGGUCGUUAUCACCCGGUAUAGGAUCGCCAUACCCUUUUCUAAGAGAACUCAAAUCUGAAGAGAGGGGCUUGUGUUUGAUUCACCUACUUCUUGGCUGUGCUAACCAAGUUGCUAUUGGUAACAUUGAAAAUGCUAAUGUUGGCCUCGAGCAAAUUUCCCACCUUGCUUCGCCAGACGGGGACACAAUGCAGCGGAUUGCUGCUUACUUCACCGAGGCACUCGCGGAUCGAAUACUUAAAUCCUGGCCUGGCUUACACAGAGCCUUGAACUCUACCAAAAUUUUGUCAGUCCCUGAAGAGAUUCUUGCCCAGAGACUGUUCUUUGAAUUAUGUCCUUUCUUGAAGCUUGCAUAUGUGAUGACUAACCAGGCUAUUAUAGAAGCCAUGGAGGGAGAAAGGAUGAUUCAUAUUAUUGAUUUCAAAUCUUGUGAACCUGCUCAGUGGAUAAACCUUCUUCAAACAUUGAAAGAUAGGCCAGAUGGUCCACCCCACCUGAGAAUAACUGGAAUUCAUGAACAAAAGGAAGUGUUGGAACAAAUGGCUCUUCGGCUUACCGAAGAGGCCGAAAAAUGGGAUAUACCAUUUCAAUUCACCCCAGUUGUCAGCAAAUUAGAAAACCUUGACCUUGAAAGUUUAAGGGUUAAGACAGGUGAAGCACUUGCAGUUAGCUCUGUUCUUGAACUUCAUUCGGUUUUGGCUACAGAUGACGAUAAGAAAACGUCUCCACCUGCAUCAAAAAAUUUGCAAAAGCUCCUACGUAUGAAGCAGCGAACAUUAGGAGAAUGGCUCGAGACAGAUUCGUUGCAAGUUUUUAGCAGCCCGGAUUCAGCCUCAGUAUCUUCCCCAUCAGGAUUGAAUCCUUCCCAAAAGAUGAACAGUUUUUUGACUGCAUUAUGGGGCCUUUCUCCAAAAGUUAUGGUAAUAACUGAGCAAGAAUCAAACCUGAAUGGAUCUGCUUUCAUGGAAAGAGUACUAGAAGCAUUGAACUUCUAUGCUGCAUUGUUUGAUUGCUUAGAGUCAACCGUGUCACGAUCAUCGAUCGAACGACAAAGGGUCGAGAAAAUGCUUUUAGGAGAGGAAAUAAAAAACAUCAUUGCUUGUGAGGGAGCAGAGAGGACGGAGAGGCAUGAAAAGCUAGAGAAAUGGAUGCUGAGGCUUGAAUCUGUGGGGUUCGGAAAGGUUCCAUUGAGUUACCAUAGUAUGUUAUUGGGAAGUAGAUUGUUGCAGAGCUAUGGAUAUGAUGGGUAUAAAAUCAAAGAAGAGAAUGGAUUUUUGUUUAUCUGCUGGCAAGAUAGGCCUCUUUUCUCAGUUUCAGCUUGGGGGUUUCAAAGGCAAAGCUCAUGAUGAUGAUGAAUGAUACAAUUUCAGUGCAAAGGAGGAUUUGAAUGCCUUUUAACUUUCUUCUUCUUCUUCUUCUUCUUCUUCUUUAUGUAAUCAAUUUUUGUUGGCAUAAAUGGUGCUCAAGACCUCACUUCCUCGGCAAAUGCAUAUUGUAACAAACAAGGUUCCCAAGUUCUUUUGUUUUUUUUUGUUUUCCAGUUUCUAAGCUUAUCAUUGUUGUACAUACAGUAGUAAUAGUCUUGAGGUUCAGUUUUUUUGUUAUCUAAAUAUUUCUUUCCAUAAAGAGAAGAUGUUUGAGGCCAUCAAAUUCAAUUUGUAUUUGCAAUACAAACAAAAAGCUUGUUUUC